GAGGCGGUUUUUCUUAGCAAUCGAGAAGCGAUUAGACGGAUAUAAAGGAGAAAGAGAUGUCCUCUUUUUCCUUUCUUCAGCAAAUUCAAGUUCCCUAUCCCUAGCGACGUGUACAGUGCAAGAUGAGCUCAGUGUCGCUUCCUCCGUUCCUCUCGGCAACGUUGCUCAUCACGAUCCCGGCACUCGGCUUUCUAAGUCGAGGUCUAAACCGAUGGAUUCCCAAUAACGGCGCUGAUCAGAAAAAGAGGCUACGAGGAGUCACGUUCAUCGCGUUCGGUAUACUUCGCUCUGUGAUCCUGGGAUUGGGGUUGUGGAAGGCUCCCGAGUUCUUUGCGAACUGGUUCACGCCCACGAACGCGUCAGAAGAGCUCCAGAGCAUCAUUCUGUAUACGACCGGGCUGUAUUGCUCUAUGCUGAUUUACGAGUUAACCGUGAAUGAUCUCUCCUGGGUUUCCAUUUUGCACCACACCGCAGCGUUGAUCGGCAACGGCAUCCUUCUCGUUGGCGUCGAGUUGCACCCUCUGUACCCUUUCUUCGUUCACCUCUACAGGAUGGGAACUUUAAUGGCGACACCAAUCUUCUUUUCCAUUGCAUAUUUCUAUCUUGGGCAGGAUAAGAAGCCAGCCCUUCGAUUGAAACUGAGCUCUCUUCGCCUCACCUGCGUUGAGUUGAACAUCGCUUGCAUCAUGUCAAACUCGAUUGGAUUGGCAUUCUACUUUACUCACUUCAAGUCGUUACCGAACAUUUUGCGCGUCCUCCUUCUGGUUUGCAACGCUGCCUUCAUUCCCGAACAGAUUCAAACCAGCAAAGUUAUGGGACAGUGGCAACGAAAACUCUCCAUCGAAAUCAAGAGACGCCUAUCAAGUCCAGUGCUGACGACUUUCCCCGCCCUCUCUGCCUUGUCCAUGUCCUCUGCAAUCCAGAGGCCCUCUUCCCCAAUCAAGCGUGUCCGAAUGACCCACACAAAGUCUCUGUCUCUGGAUAUGUCAGUGAUCAGCCGUCGUCCGUCCUUGGCCCACUCUGCUCUACCUCUCGCCUCUCCUGCAAGCGCUGCAUAGAAUUCUUUCUGUUCAUAUCUGCUUUAUUUAGAUCGUCCGAACCUAUUACCUACUUGCAGCCUAUUAAGCUUAGAUUUUACUUAUUGUUCUAGUAGAUUCAGGCUGGUGGCCCUACUUUUUGUCGGAUGUAUCAGCUUACCUAUUAGGCUCUUAACACUCGUUUCUUUCGGGAUCAAUAGAUUUUAGAUUUUAAAUUUGAAUGAAAAACUUAUAAAUGUUCUCUAUACUGCUUGUGAUUUCUUAAAGUGGCCGUGUCUGAUGCAGUUGACUUGAAGAUCAUUCC